CCUUCUGGAGCUAAACAGUCCAGAGCAGGAAACUGUUACAAUAUUUGUUUGAUACGUUUUGUUAGAUGGUGAUGGCUUUUGUUUUGUGUUGAGAAGGUAUCUCUUUGUGAAAUGUUUUACAAUGCUGUACAAAACAUUUUAAAACUAAAUCGGCGAUGGAGAGCGUUGCUGUGUCCAGUAAGAUUUAGUUAGAUAUAAUCUGAUUUCAUUUUAUUUGUAAUGCACCGAGCUCUGUAGGGGUUCUACGAAACGACGAGAGGCUACCCGCCUACAGUGACUUUUAUUGGAUAACCUGUGAAGAAACGUUGGAAGCCGCCACUUCAUUGGCUGAAGGAGGUGUCAGUCGAAUGGUGCAGUCUGCAGGUGUCACGAUUAACCAUUCCAAGAAAGUGACCCAUCAAGCCAGAGCUGUUACAGGGACAAUUUCCAACGGUUUUUUCCGCAAAGUACAGUCGGGGAACGAGUAGAAAGAAGCUACGGUUUAAAAAGUACAGUACCUCUCUUGGUAUGGUGCUUUGAAGAUCUGACACUCAUCAUUCCUAAUGGAACCAGACAAUGAUGUUGCACUGGACAUUAUAAUCACAAAUGUUGUGUGCGUUUUUAAAACAAGAUGCCAUUUAAAUCUAAGAAAGAUUGCACUAGAGGGAUCAAAUGUGAUCUACAAGCGUGAUUUUGGGAAGGUUUUAAUGAAACUAAGAAAACCCAAAAUAACUGCUUCAAUAUGGUCCUCAGGGAAAAUUAUUUGCGCUGGAGCUACAAGUGAAGAAGAGGCUAAGUUGGGUGCCCGGAGACUUGCACGGUGUCUACAGAAACUAGGUUUUAAGGUGAAAUUUACAGAGUUUAAAGUUGUAAACGUACUGGCUGUAUGCACAAUGCCAUUUCAAAUCCGACUACCAGAGUUUACAAAGAGCAACCGACCCCUGGCCAGUUAUGAGCCAGAGUUGCACCCUGCAGCAUUAUAUAGGAUUAAAGAUAUUAAAGCUACACUACAGGUUUUCUCAACUGGAAGCAUUACAGUAACAGCACCAAAUGUACAGUUUAUCGCCACCGCUGUUGAACAGACCUAUCCACUGGUGUUUGAAUGCAGAAAGAUCCAUAUAUAAAUGUUUUUAUAUAUAUAAUUGUCUCGUUUUUAAAAUAAAGCACCUUUACUGCUACAGUUUCUUGGAAAUGGACUGGGUAAUACUUGGUAUACUUUUCAAAUAUUCAAGUCAGUGAUACAAUUCUUUUUCUUAAGUAUUUUAUUAAUAAUAUUGUAUUGUUCAGUGUUUACAUGACAUAAAGCUGCUGCUUUCAAAGACUUAUCUGCAUUGCAGUAAUAUAUUGGUUCACUAACAGGGCUGUAAUGUGCACUCUUGUAAACAGUCACAUUCUGUAUGUGAGCAUGUGGAUUUUAUUUGAGAAAUGUCUUCAUAUUUUAAUGCAUGGACACCAAAGAAGCAAGCCUUUCCAUUUUGUUUUAACAAUACUGUUCUUAUGACUGUAUAACGUAACUACAUAUUUUGUAUCUAUGUAAAGAAAUGAAAACUUUUUUUUUCAAAUUGAUUAUUUAAAGCAAGCAUGUACUCAAAUAUAAAACUAGAAAUGUAUUAAACAUAUUUUGGACAGAACCGGUAUAUUACCAUACAAUACAAUUAACCUUUCCCCAUAUUUCUCCAAAUUGCCAUCCUAAAUAUUUGUAUAUCUAAGGCAGUACCCUAUGCUUCUUUAAUAAUAACAUCUUCUGUUUUGUCACUUUGUGCAGUACAUUUAUGAAGACACUGUAUGAAAACCAUUUUAGAUAUACUAUUGAAUUUUUUAUUUUGUACAAUAAAAACAAAUAUCUGAA